GCCGCCCGUGACUCUGCUUUUCACCCAGUGGACCUGUGCUCCUUGAAUUUAGCGACGGCGACGAGGCGACGAACUCGGUUACUCUGAGGCCUUCAGACACUGAAAUUCCGGAGUGCUGCUGCAGGCUCUCGAUGUCAAAAUGAAGGAAACCGUAUCUCAUCAAGCACCCAAAGUCAUCAAGAAACUCCAGUUCAGCCUGCUGAGCAACCAGGACACGGUCAAGAUCUCAGAGUUUGAGGUUACCCACCGCGAUCUCUACACACCCGUCGAGAGGCAGCCGGUGAAGAAUGGUGUUCUCGAUCGUCGUCUGGGUACCACAGAGAAGAACGCGUAUUGCGAGACAUGCGGUUUGUCUUCGGUAGAUUGCGUCGGACACUACGCGUACAUCAAACUCGCCGUACCCGUCUUUCACAUUGGCUACUUCAGGCACACCAUCUCGAUCCUUCAAUGCAUAUGCAAGACCUGCGCGCGCGUGCUGCUCGAGGAGCCCGACCGGCGGACGUACCUCAAACGCUUUCGCCGACCGAAUCUCGAGAACAUUCAGCGGCAGGCGCUCUGCAAGGCCGUCAACGCGCUCGCGCGCAAGACGGUGUACUGUCCGUACUGCUCGGCGACGAACGGCACAGUGAAGAAGGUGGGCGCGCUCAAGAUCAUCCACGACAAGUUCCGCGCGAAGAAGACCGCGGAAGAGAUGGAGAAGUGGAAGACGACGUUCGCGCCGGCGGUCGAAAUGCAGAAGGAGCUGGGCAUGUACAUUAAUAAGGCGGUGCAUGAGGACUUGAAUCCAUUGAAGGUGCUGAGUCUGUUCAAGCGGAUCACAGAUGAGGACUGCGAGCUGCUCGGUCUGCGGCCCCAGUACGGCCGACCGGAAGAGUACAUCUGGCAAUAUAUCUCGGUGCCGCCUGUGUGUAUCCGUCCGUCCGUUGCGCAAGAUGGCGCCUCCAACGAGGAUGAUUUGACAGUGAAGCUGACGGAAAUCGUCUUCAGCAAUGCACUCAUCAAGCAGGGUCUUGUCAAAGGUGCUCCGACCGCGCAGUUCAUGGAACAAUGGGAGUUCCUGCAGCUCUCUGUUGCGAUGUACAUCAAUUCUGAACUGCCCGGUGUGCCCUCACAAAUGGGCCAGAAGCCUAUUCGUGGAUUCUGCCAGCGGUUGAAGGGCAAACAGGGUCGGUUUCGAGGUAAUCUCUCGGGCAAGCGUGUUGACUUUUCCGCACGCACUGUCAUAUCGCCCGACCCCAACCUGCGCAUUGACGAGGUCGCAGUGCCUGAGCGUGUUGCUAGAAUCCUGACAUACCCGGAGCGCGUGACGGCGCACAACAUCGAGGUGCUGCAGAAGGCGAUCCGGAACGGAUGCGAUAUUCAUCCUGGCGCCAACUAUGUCACUGCGGGAAGCAACGGCUUCAAGAAGUAUCUCAAGUUUGGUAACAAAGAUGCUAUUGCGGACCAGCUGAGGAUCGGGGAUAUCGUUGAGAGGCAUAUAGUCGACGGCGAUAUUGUGCUCUUCAAUCGGCAACCUAGUUUGCACAAGCUAUCCAUAAUGUGUCAUCGGGUCAAAGUCCGGCCUUGGAGAUCAUUUCGCCUGAACGAGUGCGUGUGCGGCCCUUACAAUGCUGAUUUCGACGGCGAUGAGAUGAAUUUGCACGUACCGCAGACGGAAGAGGCACGAACGGAAGCUCUCGAACUCAUGAGCGUCAAGAACAAUCUGGUAACACCUCGCAACGGAGAGCCCGUCAUCGCUGCGAUCCAGGACUUCAUCACCGCCUCCUUCCUCCUCUCGCGCAAAGACAGCUUCUUCGACCGCCGGCAGUUCACGCAAAUCUGCUCGUACUUCGGCGAUGCGAACAUGCAGAUCGACAUUCCCCCUCCAACGAUCUGGAAGCCGGUGCGCCUAUGGACGGGCAAGCAGGUCUUCAAUGUCCUCAUGAGACCGAACAAGAGCUCGAAGGUGCUCGUCAAUGUCGAGUCUAAGUGUAACAAGCAGGAGAAGCCCGACCCGAAGUGUUACUCGCGAAUGAACCCGGCGCCUGAUCUGUCGCCAAACGAUGGCUGGCUUGUAAUUGUGAAUAGCGAGAUCAUGUGUGGUGUCAUGGAUAAGGCUACGGUUGGCAGUGGCAAGAAGAAGUCGGUCUUCGGUAUCAUCAUGAGGGAUUACGGUCCUCAUGAGGCCGCGGCAGCCAUGAACAGGGUCGCAAAAUUGUGUGCUCGCUGGCUUUCCAAUUACGGGUUCUCGCUGGGCAUCAACGAUGUCAUACCUGGACCAAAACUCUCGCGUGAGAAGGAUAACCUUGUUGAGACGGCGUAUGCAGAAUGUCAGGACCUCAUCUUGCGGGCCAAGAAGGGACUAUUAGACAACAAACCAGGUUGUGAUCAGGAGCAGACGUUAGAGGCUAUGAUCUCAGGUGUGCUAUCGAAGGUCCGUGACAAAGUUGGAGAAAUUUGUCUGAAGGAGCUCAGCCGGCACAACGCGCCUCUGAUCAUGGCCACAUGUGGGUCAAAAGGCUCCGUCAUCAAUGUUGCCCAGAUGGUGGCCUGUGUCGGGCAGCAGAUCAUCGCGGGUCAUCGUGUCCCCGAUGGCUUCCAGGAUCGUUCACUGCCGCACUUUCCCAAGAAGUCCAGGGAGCCGCCUUCGAAAGGUUUCGUGCGGAACAGCUUCUACACUGGAUUGUCGCCGACAGAGUUCCUCUUUCACGCCAUCUCUGGUCGCGAAGGUCUGGUCGACACGGCUGUGAAGACUGCAGAGACAGGUUACAUGCAGAGGCGACUGAUGAAGGCGCUAGAGGACCUGGUCACGCAUUAUGAUUCGUCUGUGCGAAAUGCUGUGGGCGGUGUAGUGCAGUUCCGAUAUGGUGAUGACGGUCUUGAUCCAGCAUGUCUGGAGGGUGACGCCCAGCCGGUCGAGUUCUUGCGGGCCUGGAGCCAUGCUUCGUCUAUUAGCUCGAGACGUUCGAGAGGGCUGCUUCCGUUUGAGAUCAUAGAGCUUGUCGACCAUGAAUUGUCAACGCGCAAGUUCACGAGCGAAUGCACUGUGGCAUACCUCGCGACGAUCCGCGGCUUCAUCUCUGAACAUGUUGUCCAUAAGCUGGCUGAUAUACGGAAGAAGCACGGUAUGUUCGACGCGUUGGAACGCGACGAGGAGUGGGAUGCGGACACAGACCUGUCCCUGGGAGCGUCUGAUGCCGACAAGGCGGUCGUCGACAACACGCUAAAGGUGACGGAAGACCAACUUCGAGCCUUCUUGAACAUCUGCUGGACAAAAUAUGUCAAAGCUAAGAUCGAGCCUGGGUCGACUGUCGGUGCGGUGGGGGCACAAUCCAUUGGUGAACCGGGAACACAGAUGACAUUGAAGACGUUCCACUUUGCCGGUGUUGCAUCCAUGAACGUCACCCUCGGUGUGCCGCGCAUCAAAGAAAUUAUCAACGCUGCGAAGGCCAUCAGCACACCGAUCAUCAGCUGCAAGCUAGUCACCGCUGACAGUGAGGCAUCGGCGCGUAUUGUCAAAGGCCGACUCGAGAAGACGCAUCUUGGCGAUGUGGCCGCUGUUCUGGAGGAGGCAUGGGCGCCCGAGUACACGUACAUUGGUAUCAUUGUAGACAUGAAGACUAUUCAAGAUCUGCAGUUGGAGCUCACCCUUGAUGACAUUAAAUGGGCGAUCGUGGCCAGUAGGAGACUGAAGAUUAAACAGGAGUCGAUUACAGUGAUCCCACGGAAAAAUCGUUUGCGAGUUUACGUCGAUGGAGCGGAUAAAUACUAUCGACUCCGCGAGCUGGAGCGCGCUUUACCAGGUGUCGUGGUGAAGGGAGUGCCCACAAUCCGGCGCGCUAUCGUCAACAUUAAGGAACAAGACGAUCAUCGAGGGAAAAAGGGCGACAAGGAGCUGCUUGUAGAAGGUUACGGUCUGCAAAAGGUAAUGGUCACCCAAGGUAUUGUCGGAGAGCAGACAACCUCGAACCAUAUCAUUGAGGUGGCGCAAGUGCUCGGUAUUGAAGCGGCACGCCGCACGAUCAUCAACGAGAUUCAGUAUACCAUGCAGAGUCAUGGUAUGAGCAUUGAUCCUCGCCAUGUCAUGCUGCUCGGCGACCUCAUGUCGUACAAGGGCGAGGUUCUCGGAAUCACUCGAUUUGGUGUCGCCAAGAUGAAAGACAGCGUGCUAAUGCUGGCAUCCUUCGAGAAAACGACCGAUCACCUGUUUGACGCAUCUGCCUGCGGAAAGACUGAUAGCAUAUCCGGUGUAUCGGAAAGCAUCAUCAUGGGCAAUCCGGCUGCAAUGACUGGUACGUCGAUGCCUGCCCUCGUUACCCCGGCUCCUCAGAUCAACAAGCCGAGGAAGAUGCUCUUUGAGGCAGCUCUAUGAGCGUGCGUCGUUGGCAUUGAUGGUAAUUUGUCAUCAUUAAAGCAAUCAUUGUAUAAUAGACCAUUCCAUGAAAAUAGUAUCUUAUUAUCUGUCUCGAAACUAAAUGUAUAUCUUGUUAACAUACACAGC